CAUAACCAACAAAACUUAAGGCUGAUGAUGACUGUCUUCUGGGCUGUCGUAAAGUUGGAAAAAUAUUAAUUUUACAAUGGCAGUUUCUUAAGUUACUAAUUAAUUAUUUCAGAGUUUGGAAGACUGGCAACAGUGCACGAGACACAUUAUUACGCUGUUCCUAAUACUGUCGCAGAUAUUGAUGUACUGUUCAUUUGGGGAACAAGUGCUCCAAGGGGGGUGGGAUGUCGAUCACGCUAUGUACUCAACACCGUGGUACACUUACUCGCAGAUGUACAAGAAGCAUUUGGUUUUGGUUAUAAUGCGAGCUCAACGGCCUGUUGAGAUCACGGUAGGCCAUUACUACAGUCUGUCAUUGCAGUCCUGUGAACUGAUCAUUCAAAACAUAUACUUCUUCUCAAUGUUUCUGAAUCAGAUUAACAACAAAUCAAAACAUGCUGCUGUCAAAGGAGGAUCACCUUUAGUAAACGUUGAAUAGAAGCACACUGGAAUAAUAUAAGUCAUGUUAUUGAUUUUUACAGAAAAUGCAACAAAUUGAACAUUGUAUCAUAAGAAACAUCUGUUUUGUGGUGGAAGAAGUUUGAUGCUAAUAUAUUAAUUAAAGUAUUGCAUCUGGUUUUUUGUUUAUUUGUAUAAUAUAAUAAAUAUUUGUUUAAUUAAACUGA